CCCUUCCCCGGUCAAACAAUGUGAGACUCACCACCAUCCUGUCCACAGGAUCUAACUGUUUUCAAAGAGGUCCUUUGACAAAUCUUCACCAUGAUUUUUCAAACACUUUUUGAGUGUAUGGACUUUACUGGUUGGCUGCUGUUCACUUUUGUAGUGUUAUUAUUGACUGAUGUGUUCAGAAACUGGAGGCCUCACAACUUUCCACCGGGACCCUGGACCGUGCCUUUUCUAGGAAAUGUCUUCACAGGAGUUGAUUUCAAAACAAUGGAGAAGCUUGCUGAGAAAUACGGCCCAGUCUUCAGCUUGAGGAGAGGCAGCGAGAGGCUGGUGUUUAUUUCAGGAUACAAGAUGGUCAAAGAGGCUCUUGUCAGCCAGCUGGACAGCUUUGUUGAUCGACCCAUUGUCCCUCUCUUCCACGUUGUUUUCCAGGGCCUUGGCAUAGUUCUGAGCAAUGGUUACAUGUGGAAGAAGCAGAGGAAGUUUGCCAGCAUGCAUCUGCGUUACUUUGGAGAGGGCCAGAGGUCACUGGAAAGAUAUAUUGAAGUGGAAUGCAACUUCCUUUGUGAGACUUUCAAAGAGGAACAAGGAGGACCAUUCAACCCCCAGUUCACCAUAAAUAAUGCUGUGGGUAACAUCAUCUGCUCUGUGGUCUUUGGACAUCGCUUUGAAUACAGUGAUCAAAGCUUUCGCAAGGUUUUGGAGCUGGACAAUGAGGCUGUUGUGCUCGCUGGCUCAGCUCAGACUCAGCUGUAUGAUGCCUUCCCUGGUUUGAUGAAGCACCUGCCGGGACCUCAUCAGACUGUCCACGCUAACUACAAGGAGAUAAAAGUGUUCCUGAAAAAGGAAAUAGAAAAGCACCAGGAGGAGUGGAACCCAGAGGACCCUCGUGAUUAUGUUGAUGUGUACCUGGCAGAGAUGGAGAAAAAGAAGGAGGAUCCCCAGGCUGGCUUCAACAUCGACACUUUACUCAUUUGCACCAUCGACCUGAUUGAGGCUGGGACAGAAACAGCUGCUACUACUUUAUCCUGGGGGCUCGUAUACAUGAUGCACUACCCAGAGAUACAAAGGAAAGUGCAGGCAGAGAUAGAUAGAGUUAUUGGACAGUCCCGUCAGCCCACACUGGCCGACAGACCCAACAUGCCCUACACUGACGCUGUCAUCCAUGAGACUCAAAGGAUGGGAAAUAUUGUUCCUCUGGGAUUCCCCAAAAUGGCCAGUAAAGACACUACGCUGGGAGGAUACUUCAUACCAAAGGGCACAGCUGUUACGACAGUCCUUUCAUCAGUGCUUUUUGAUAAGGAUGAGUGGGAGACUCCAGAUAUCUUCAAUCCUGAACAUUUCUUGGAUUCAGAGGGCAACUUCCGUAGAAGAGAUGCAUUCCUACCAUUUUCAGCAGGUAAACGAGUGUGUUUGGGGGAGAACCUGGCCAGAAUAGAGCUGUUUCUUUUCUUUACAAGCCUUUUGCAACGCUUCACCAUCUCUGCUGUUCCUGGAGAAAUUCCCAGCAUGGAAGGUGUGCUGGGCUUCACCCAUUCCCCCGAGAGCUUCAGGAUGUUAGCCACGCCUCGCUAAUGCUCUCUAUUGUUUCAGCUGUUCAAAUCCCAACCCAACACAGACGCCAAUAACCAGAAUCUCCACAUUCUCCAGAUCACAAGUUGUAUCUGACUUGCAGUUGAAAACUAGUUUGUAUAAUAUAUGAAUAUUUACCCCCACAUAAUUAUUAAUAAUAAAAAAACAGGAACAACAAAAAAAGAUCAGUCAUGUAGAUCAGAAGAUAACUUUACUUACUUUACCAAAAAAAUAUAAAAAUCAAUGCAGAGGAAACAAAGAUGAUAUCUUUUUAGUUCCAAACAUUAUUCCUCUCUGUCAGAACCUAGCUCCCACAUUACCCAUAAUGCAACUUAAUUGCCAGCAGUUACAUCAGAGAUUCAGGUGUAACCUCCACAUCCCCAUUUUCCAACUCAGACCCAACCUACGUUGACUCAAGUAAUAUCACUUGAAGUAGUUCAAUAGACUUUACACAGACCCGAUCUAAAGCCCCAAUGGGCUUUAUACAACUUUUUUUCACAUAUUUUGUAGUGCUCUCCAAGACCUGUAAACACACUUUGCCGUAUAAAAUUGGUGGAAUUCCCCUUUAAGUCAAAGGGACUCGGACUUGCUUAUUGUUCCUAAAUCAGUAGUACUUAAAUGAUUAAAGCGCAUGUACAAAUCACUGCUAGUUAA